CAAAAAUGACACUUGCAACUUUAGGUAAAAAAGUAUGAAAAAGGCCAUGAGAGUUCUGGCACCAAAAAGUGCUCUUCCCUCCAAAAAGAAAAACCCCAUUUCUUCUCCACCCCCUAAUCCUCACCAAUCUUACAGCAAAAUCAUUCCUCAGAAUCCAAAUCAAGCUGAAACCCAUUUCGUAACUCUCAUUCAUGCCUCCAAAACCAUCCUCCAACUCCAACAAAUUCAUUCCCAACUCAUUUUGCAAGCAAUGUCUUCCAACAGUAAGAUCAUCACUCAACUAGUUUCUUCCUCCUCUUCACAGAGAUCAAUUGACUAUGCUUUGCACAUCUUUAAUUCUUUUACUGACCCAAAUGUUUAUAUGUUUAAUGCAUUAAUUAGAGGCCUGACCGAAAAUUCUUGGUUUAGGAAAACGGUUGAAUUUUUUAAGCUUAUGUCGAGGCUUGAUGUUAGACCAUCUAGGCUGACAUUUCCAUUUGUGCUGAAAUCAGUUGUGGGGUUGGGUGAUAAAUGGCUUGGUGGGAUGGUUCAUGGUGGAAUCUUGAAAAUGGGACUUGAGUUCGAUGGUUUUGUCAGAGUUUCUUUGGUUGAUAUGUAUGCGAAAAUGGAGUUGUUAAGUCUUGCGUUGCAGUUGUUCGAUGAAAGUCCUGAGAGAAAUAAGCUUGAUAGUGUGCUUCUGUGGAAUGUGGUGAUCAAUGGGUGUUGUAAAAACGGGAUCUUGGAGAAGGCUGUGGAGUUGUUUGAGGCGAUGCCAGAGAGAAAUUUGGGGUCUUGGAAUAGUUUAAUUAAUGGGCUGAUUAGGAAUGGCAAGGUGGAUAAGGCAGUGGAGCUUUUCGAGGGGAUGGUUGAAAAGAAUGUGGUUUCUUGGACCACAAUGGUUCAUGGAUUGUCGCUGAAUGGGAUGCAUGAAAAAGCGUUGGAAAUGUUCUUCAAUAUGAUCGAGGAGGAGGGUGUGAGGGCCAAUGAUUUAACACUUGUUUCCGUGCUUUCUGCUUGUGCAAAAACUGGGGCACUUGAGGCUGGGAUAAAGAUUCAUAAAUAUAUUUUGGGCAACAAGUUUCGGUUGAAUGCAGCUGUCGGAACUGCUUUGAUAGACAUGUAUGCCAAAUGUGGGCAAAUUCAAUCUGCAAGUCAGGUUUUCCAUGACACAAAAGAAAAGGAUGUCCGUACUUGGAGCGUGAUGAUAUGGGGUUGGGCAAUUCAUGGAUCUGUUGAGCAAGCUCUGCAAUGCUUUGAAAAGAUGAAGCUAACAGGGAUAGAGCCCGAUGAAGUAGCUUUUCUUGCAGUUUUAACUGCAUGUUCUCAUGCUGGGCUAGUAGAUGAAGGGCUUAAGUUCUUUGAUAGCAUGAAACUUGACUACUCCAUUGAGCCUACCAUGAAACAUUGUGCUGUAAUAGUUGAUUUAUAUGGCCGGGCUGGCCAACUCGAUGAAGCUUUAAGAUUUAUUCAAUGCAUGGCAUUGACUCCAGAUUUUGUAAUUUGGGGCGCCCUCUUUUCUGCCUGUCGAGCUCAUAAAAACAUUGAAAUGGCAAAAUAUGUUUCGGAGAAACUCCUGCAGCUUGAGCCAAAACAUUCAGGCAGUUAUGUAUUUAUGUCAAACAUUUACGCAGGGGUAGGGAUAUGGGAAGAAGUGGAAAGAGUGAGAACUUCAAUGAAAGAUAAAGGUGCAGCUAAAGAUACGGGAUUGAGUCAUGUGGAGGUGCAUGGAAAACUACAUAGCUUUGUUGCUGGUGAUCAAGCUCAUAUGCACACAAAAGAGAUAUACUCAAAAUUGGAAGAAAUGAUAAAUCGUGCUAGGGAACAUGGUUACAUUCCAGAGACUGAGUGGGUACUUCACAAUAUUGAAGAGGAAGAGAAGGAAGAUGCAUUAGGAACCCAUAGUGAGAAGCUGGCACUUGCUUUUGGGCUCAUUAGCACAGGUCCUGGGGUGGUGCUUAGGAUUGUGAAGAACCUGAGAACAUGUGGGGAUUGCCAUUCUCUGAUGAAACAUGUGAGUAAAUUGAGUCAAAGAGAGAUUGUGGUAAGAGAUAUAAAGCGUUUCCAUCACUUCAAGGAUGGAAUUUGCUCAUGCCAAGAUUAUUGGUAACAUGGUAAGAACACAAGAACGUGCUUCCAGGUGAUUCUGUUCAUGUACAAGGCUUUAAAUAAUUUAACUGUUUAAUGCACCAUCUGUGUGUUUGUUUAAGUUAGUUUAUCUCUGUUGUUUCUAUUUUUUUUUUCAGUAUACUCAGGAAUUAACAAGCAAUCUAAGGUAUAGCUCUGUCAUAUAGUUUACCUUGAGUUUGUCAAUAUUACUUUUGCCUUUGUUUUGGCCACUUCCAUGAAUUCAUCUCUUGUACACAUGGAUACUUCAAAGAAUUUCUUUUGAUUUGCCAACUUUCCAUUGGUGCAGCUGAGCUAUCAGCUGAAAAUAAAACAAAAAAUUACUAAUCACCAAAGUGUAACUGUAAUAUUGUCUUUCUUAGUUAGUUGAUAGAGGAUGCACAGGUAAAAGUCCCUUUGUGCCCCUUAAUCAUAGAGAAGGAUACAUGGUGGCAAUGGCUAUCUAGGCUGCUAGCUUUAUUUUUGCACAUGAUUAAGUUACAAUAAUAUUUAUCAGCUACUUCUAAUAAUUUAAAGUCUGCAUUUAUUGGUGGUAGCAUUAUAGCAUCUAAAAUUUAGUUGUGAGUUGCUAUUAUAUGCAAUAAUGCUGAUUACGUAACCCUAGAAGGAGAAUCUGUUUUUUGUUUUUAAUCUUUUGCUUUUGAAUUGAGAAGAUUGGUAUGAGAAUGUAAAAUUUGGAACCAGUUUAAUAUCUAUAUUUUUCUUACUCUGAGUAGAUUGAUCUUCUUGCAGGUGUCGUGAUGGCUCCAUGGAACUUCUAGUUUCUUGAGAGUGAAAUAGGGUUCAAACUAAUUUGUUUGGUGCUUUGUGUUGUAUAUGAACUGUUUCAAUCAUUUAUCAUACCUGUGUUGAACAACAGCAUUAAUACAUAAUAGAAAUCCGUACAGAUAGCUGUGGUCCUGAGUGCAACUACAAAGCAACAAAGGUAUGCCUUUAGAGUAUAUUGACAUGCUGAUAUGGCAGAAAAAGAGUUAGGUAGAUUCAGUUCAAUACAAAGCCAAAUACAUUUAAAAUAAAGUCUAGUUAACCAAAAAAAAAGGAAAAAAAUUUGCUAAUGUUUGUAUGAGCUUCAUCAGAUUGAUGACUUGGAUCUUCUGCUCAAUACAAAGGGAUGAGCUAAUAACUGGGAAACACGCCAUCUCUUAUUUAAUUCCUUCUGCAAGCACAUUGGAUUAAGUCUUGAAAACUUUAUGAUGCAUGAUCUAAUAAGCUUGGAGGUUCUUCCAUGCUUAUCUCAGACAUGAGGGCUGUUGAUUCUGCUUUCUGUCCAGGCUUCAAGUACGGAUUAUCAAAUAUACAGCCCUGCUGGCAUCAAACCCAAGCUCCUUACAAGACUGCACAGGGAUUGCAACCAUGGGGAUAGGGAUCAAACCUUUGUGGGCUGAUAUAAGCACAAGGACAUGCGUAGGUUUUGCAUGAAUCAUCUGAGCCAAUGAUCAAGUCCAGUGAGUGCUUGGAAAGCUAUGCUGCCGAUAAUGUCUUCAGUGAGUGAACCAUUGGUUUUGAAAAGAUUAUCCAGUGAGCCAGCAUCCAUGUACUCAAAAAGAAUCCCAACCUCACCUAUGGUUUCCUCAAAGAUGCCCUGGCAACAAACAACAGAAGGAGAGCUGAUUGAACGAUAGAUUUCAUAUUCUUUAUCAGGAUGACCACCCGGACGAUUUUUAGAGCAUAGAUUAUUGAUGUUUGCUUGUCACGUGCUUUGUAAAUAAUACCUGUGCUGCCAAAGCCAAGGACCUGAAGUUUUUCAAAAUCAGAUUGAAGUGCAACUUCUGGAGAAUUGGUUUUGAUGUUUGUGGUUAAAGGCUCAGUGAAAAAAGUGGGGAUUAUUUUCCUUUUUUCUGAUUGUUUGGUCAGGAAGUUCAAUGUGAAGGUACGGGCAUUUCUUGAGGUGCCAUGACUGUUUAAGUUGUAUUGUACUGUUACAUGCUUUAAAUACGUUAUUUACUGCAAGGAAGCUGGAGACAGGAAUAAUUUUCCCAAAAUCGGCGACUUCAAGAGUGAAAGAUAACACAGAUUGUUGGUGUAA